AUGCUUUCGCGAAAUGCGCCUUCUGCAAAGGCAGCCUCUACACUUUCCACUCGAAUCCUAUCCUCCUCAGCAGCAGCACGAUUAUCUCCUUCGAUCUCUUCAGUACAACAAUCUAGAGGACUUGCCACAGUCGCCGAUACACCACCUCCACCAAAGAAGACACAAUGGGGUGGAUUAAGGGAUCAAGAUAGAAUCUUUCAAAACUUGUAUGGACAUCACGGAGCGGACCUGGCCAGUGCCAAGAAAUAUGGUGAUUGGCAUAGAACGAAGGAUAUUCUUGCAAAGGGACAUGACUGGAUUAUUUCCGAAAUUAAGGCUUCAGGUUUGAGAGGUCGUGGUGGUGCUGGUUUCCCUUCUGGUAUGAAAUGGUCAUUCAUGAACUUCAAAGGUUGGGAAAACGACAACAAACCAAGAUAUCUUGUAGUCAAUGCGGAUGAGGGAGAACCUGGAACUUGCAAGGACAGAGAGAUUAUGCGAAAGGACCCACACAAACUUAUCGAAGGAUGUUUAGUUGCAGGAAGAGCAAUGAACUGUACGGCAGCAUAUAUUUAUAUUCGUGGAGAAUUUUACCACGAAGCUACCGUCUUACAGCGCGCGAUUCAGGAAGCAUACAAGGAUGGAUUAAUCGGAAAGAAUGCCUGUGGCAGUGGAUAUGAUUUCGAUGUUUACGUUCAUCGUGGAAUGGGAGCGUACGUUUGUGGUGAGGAAACAUCUUUGAUUGAGUCACUCGAAGGUAAACCAGGAAAGCCACGUCUCAAGCCCCCUUUCCCUGCUUCCGUCGGUCUUUUCGGAUGUCCAUCAACAGUGGCAAAUGUCGAAACUAUCGCUGUCGCACCAACAAUUUGUCGAAGAGGUGGAGAUUGGUUCGCUUCAUUUGGUCGAGAGCGUAAUGCUGGUACCAAACUCUUCUGUAUCUCUGGUCAUGUUAACAACCCAUGUACCGUUGAGGAAGAAAUGAGUAUUCCUCUUAGAGAACUCAUUGAUAAACAUUGUGGUGGUGUCCGUGGAGGAUGGGAUAACCUUAAAGCUGUUAUCCCUGGAGGAUCAUCUACACCAAUCUUACCAAAGAAUGUUUGUGAUGAUCAAUUGAUGGACUUCGACGCAUUGAAAGAUAGUCAAUCUGGUUUAGGAACGGCAGCAGUUAUUGUCAUGGAUAAGAGUACUGAUGUUGUCCGUGCCAUCUCAAGAUUAAGUCAUUUCUAUCGACAUGAAUCUUGUGGUCAAUGUACGCCAUGCAGAGAAGGUAGCAAGUGGACCGAACAAAUCAUGCAAAGAUUUGAAAAGGGUCAAGGUAAAAUACGUGAGAUUGAUAUGUUACAAGAACUUACAAAACAAGUUGAGGGUCACACUAUUUGUGCUCUCGGAGAGGCUUUCGCAUGGCCUAUUCAAGGUCUUAUUAGACAUUUCAGACCAGAAUUGGAGGCAAGAAUGAAGGAUUACGCAGAGAAGAAUGGAGGUCCAGCAUUGGCUGGUGGUUGGAAUAGUAAUGCAUUGCAACAGGGUAAACUUAUUUCACCUGGACAAUAG